AUGCAGAUUAGACAGAAGUCAGUGAUGAGAAACGGCACAGUAACGACAUUCAUUCUGCUGGGACUGACAGAUGACCCUCAGCUGCAGGUUCUGAUUUUUAUCUUUCUCUUUCUCACCUAUAUGUUGAGUGUAACUGGGAACCUGACUAUCAUCACACUCACCUUUCUGGAUUCCCACCUGAAAACACCUAUGUACUUUUUCCUAAAAAAUUUUUCCUUCUUAGAGAUCUCAUUCACUUCUGCUUGUAUUCCUAGAUACUUAUAUAACAUAGUAACAGGUAACAAGGUUAUUACCAAUAAUGCCUGUAUGACCCAAGUGUUUUUUACUGACCUCUGUGGAACAACAGAAUUCUUCCUCCUGGCCGCCAUGUCCUAUGACCGCUAUGUGGCCAUCUGCAAACCCUUGCAUUACAUGACCAUUGUGAACAGCAGAGUUUGCAGGAUUCUCAUUAUCUGUUGUUGGAUGGCUGGUUUAUGUGUAAUAAUCCCACUUCUAAGCCUUUGUUUAAAUCUGGAAUUUUGUGACUCUAAUGUGCUUGACCAUUUUGCCUGUGAUGCAUUUCCCCUUGUGAAAAUCUCAUGCUCAGACACGUGGAUUGUGGAACAGACAGUUAUCAUCUGUGCUGUGCUGACCCUAAAUAUGACUCUUACUUGUGUAGUUCUGUCAUACAGUAGUAUCAUCAGGACAAUAUUUAGAUUCCCCUCUGUCCAACAAAGGAAAAAGGCCUUUUCAACUUGUUCUUCCCACAUGAUUGUAGUUUCCAUCACCUAUGGCACGUGCUUUUUCAUCUAUAUGAAUCCUACAGCAAAGGAAGAAGUGACCAUUAAUAAAGCGGUUUCACUGCUUUUUUCUUCUGUUUCACCAACACUGAAUCCAUUUAUUUAUACUCUGAGGAAUAAUCAGGUUAAGAAAGCUUUCAAGGGCUCAUUUGAAAGACUUGCAUUGCUCUCAACUAAGUAA